UAGAAAGCUUGAAGGUACAAAUCUAUAACGUGAUCGCAGUAACAACUUUGUGCGUUUUACAUGCGCUUUAUUUUGUAACAUCAAUAGAUAUUCAAUAUAUAAACUUUGUACAAUAACUGAUAUGCAUUUAGUACAUAUUGAAUAUUAUCCGAAUUGUAUUUAUAUUUAUGGAAAAUAUAACACAUUGAUGUGAUUAUACCAAUAAGUGUUAUUUGUAGUGAUACGUGAAUUUACUCGUAAAAUACAAUGUCUAAUGCAAUAAGUGGCAAGAACCUAUUACGACCAAAUGGACUACAGUGUAAAAAUUUAUAUGAAUACUUAAAAUCACGUCCUCCAGACACAUUGAAUAAACUGUAUCACAAGCCGCCUAUAUGUUUGGCUGUGUAUCGCGAAUUACCUAUAAUCGCCAAGCAUUAUGUUAUGAGACUGUUGUUUGUUGAGCAACCAGUGCCGCAAGCGGUCAUAGCUUCAUGGUGUUCGAAACUGUUUUCUGAAGAGCAUCAGAAAGUAGUGCAAAUCUUAAAUGAGCUGUAUGUGUGGAAAGAAGCAUCUAUACCUGGUGGUCUACCAGGUUGGAUUUUGAACAAUACUUUCAAGAAAAACUUGAAAAUUGUAUUGUUGGGAGGUGGUAGACCAUGGACCAUGUCGAAUCAAUUGGAAACUGAUAGUAAGCCAAGAGAUGUUGCUUUCUUGGAUUCAUAUGCAUUAGAGAGAUGGGAAUGUGUUUUACACUACAUGGUUGGUUCCCAACAGCAAGAAGGUAUAUCUGCAGAUGCUGUUCGAAUUUUAUUGCAUGCUGGCUUGAUGAAGAGAGAUGAAACUGAUGGAAGCCCAAUUAUAACACAAGCUGGUUUCCAAUUUUUACUUUUAGAUACAGCUUCACAGGUAUGGUACUUUAUUUUGCAAUAUCUCGACACAAUUGAGGCACGUGGUCUUGAUUUAGUAGAAUGCCUUACUUUCUUGUUUCAAUUAAAUUUUUCUACUCUUGGUAAAGAUUAUAGUACUGAAGGUAUAUCCGAAGGUCUCUUGACAUUUUUACAACAUUUAAGAGAAUUUGGACUUGUAUACCAACGAAAACGCAAAGCAGGAAGGUUUUAUCCUACACGGUUAGCAUUAAAUAUAGCUACUGGUGAAACAAAGCCAUUAACCAGGGAUACAGAUAAGGAAGGAUAUAUAGUUGUAGAAACAAAUUAUCGUGUAUAUGCUUACACAAAUUCUAAUUUGCAAGUUGCUUUACUUGGACUUUUCUGCGAAAUGUUAUAUAGAUUUCCUAAUUUGGUUGUAUCUAUAUUAACAAGAGAUUCUGUAAGACAAGCAUUAAAAAGUGGAAUAAAUGCUGCUCAAAUAGUAGGUUACUUACAGCAACAUGCACAUGGUAAAAUGAUAGAGGCAGGAACACCUAUAUUGCCUCCUACUAUUGUAGAUCAAAUUAUGCUAUGGGAAAAUGAAAGAAACCGAUUUUUAUUCAAUGAAGGAGUUCUAUAUAGUCAAUUUCUUUCACAAACUGACUUUGAAGUUCUUAGAGAUCAUGCACUUACAACUGGAGUAUUAAUUUGGCAAAACGAAAGGAAGAGAACUAUAGUAGUUACCAAAGUAGGCCAUGAUGAUAUAAAAAAGUUUUGGAAACGUUAUUCGAAAGGUUCAACUUAAUGUUUGAGCAAGAGCCGCAGCAACGAAGAAGAAACAUUUUACAAACACUACUGUUCAAUUUCUUCAAUAUACAAUACAAAGAAGUCGUUUUAAAAGUGCCUAAAAAAAGUAGAGAAUGAACGAAUCCUCGAAAUAAACUAGCAAAAGCAAUUCUUUUCUAAUCGCAAUGCCAAAAAGACUUCAUUUUUUAUUUCUAUCAUGAAUUACAAUAUAAUAUUCAUAAAUUGG